CUUAGCAAAACCUCCUGCGAAAUCAAGUAUGGAUAACUUGUUGGGUCUGCUCAGAAUUCGAGUCAAGAGAGGUGUCAAUCUUGCUGUCAGAGAUGUUCGCACCAGUGAUCCUUAUGUUGUUGUCAAGAUGGGUAAACAGAAAUUGAAGACCCGUGUCAUUAAUAAGGAUGUCAAUCCUGAGUGGAAUGAAGAUUUGACUCUUUCAGUCUCUGAUCCAAAUAUUCCAGUCAAGCUGACUGUAUAUGAUCAUGACAUGUUCAGCAAGGAUGACAAAAUGGGAGAAGCGGAAUUUGACAUCAAAGCAUUUAUAGAAGCUUUGAAGAUGAAGCUAAAUGGCCUCCCAAAUGGCACCAUAGUGUCUAGGGUGAUCCCGCUGAGGACAAACUGCCUGUCUGAAGAGAGCUGUGUAAUCUGGAAAGAUGGCAAGAUUACUCAAGAUAUGUGUCUGAGAUUAAGAAAUGUCGAAUGUGGUGAAGUCGAAAUCCAGCUUCAGUGGAUUGAUCUUCCCGGCAAAGGGUUAUAGAACUUACGCAUGCUUCAAUUCGGUGCAUCCACCAUUCUCUGUGGAUUAUAUGCCCGGUAUCAGCUUGCUGCAGUAUCAGUUUGGAGAUGCGUUUGGUUUCCUGGCCGUGUUUGAUAUGUUAAUCUCGUGGUCUGUCUACCUAUCUGUACAAGAAUUGUAGCUCAGUCACUGAAAAAUUUUGUUGGUUUUUCUUUUCUUUUCUACAUUUUUUUUUUUGCCCUUUUGCUGCUAGACUAGAGGCAUCUGGUGAUUGUAACUACUGGAAUCUUUUGAUGCCUUUGCACUUGAUGCGGACAUUGUCCUGAAUCUGCGGAUAAUAUAUACUAAUCUGGUCCA